AAUCUACUCCAAAGCAUCGAUUUCUCUGUGAGCAGCUCGUCAUCACUGGCUUCCACAACGUCCACACAUUUACCUGCACCUCGCCACAACUGGACAAUAACACAUCAUCCACAGCCAUGGCAGAUCCAAGAAUACGGCAAAUUAAGAUUAAAACUGGCAUCGUUAAGCGGCUGGCGAAAGAGGAGAUUGCGUACAUUACUGAGGCAAAGCAGCAGGAGGAGAAGAUUGAGCGCCUGAAAGCAGAGGCGGGGGAUGAUUAUGUCAUCAAGAAACAGAUGGAGGUGCUGCAGGAGUCAAGAAUGAUGAUCCCAGACUGCCAUCGCCGUCUGGCUAUAGCACAUGCAGAUCUGGUUCAAUUACUGGAAACAGAGGAGGAUUUGGCUGAAUCAGAGGAGUACAAAGAGGCUAGGAAUGUAUUGGACUCAGUGAAGCUUGAAGGAUGAUUCCUGAUCUGUUUCUGUUCUCACUGUGCGAUUCACUUGCUUAAAUGUUCAUUCCUUUCAUCAGGCCUUGUUUGGAACCACGGAGGAAAACUGAAACCAUUCAAAGCCUCUGUUCUUGAUGUAAUUAUUUCUACUGUUUACUGUUAAUGUGCCACCACAUUUGAUCAUGCUUCUCCCGUGUGUAAAAUCCCACUAGAAUACGAUAAAAGUUUGUUUAUUACAGCAGAGGAGUAGAGGGUUUUUCUUUCAGUUUUAUUUGUCAUAUUAAUUCACAGCCUGGACUUUAUAGACAUGACUAAAUACAGACACAUGUAUGUCUUUUUUCUUUUAUGCUGUAAUAACCAUCAGUUUUAAUGGUGAGGACCCACUGCUGGAUUGAUUGAUUGAUUGAUUGAUUGAUUGAUUAGUUAGUCAACUGGUCACCAGCUCCAGUGUUUUAUGAAGUGACAUUUUUCCUUAAUUCUGAAAGUAAUUUUUCUUUUGUUUUCUAUGUAUCUGAAGCUUGCAGGACUUAGAUUGGCUCUAACCCUUGAUGAUGAUGUAUCCCAGAAUACUGAUGAACGCUAACAAUUUUUUUCAUUAUCAGUUAAUAUGUCCAUUAUUCUUUUGAUUAGUUGUUUAGUCUGAAAUGAGUGGAAAAAUACCCAACAUAUGUUUCUACCAUUUCACAAACCCCCAAAAUAUGAAUGAGACCAUCAGUGUAACAACUGGAAAGCAGGAAAUGAAAAUAUUUACAAACUGAUGAAUUUGUGACAUUGUUUUCUUAAAACACUUACUACAUCAGUUAUCAAAAUUGUCGGACUGUUUUUUUUUUUUUUUCUGGGAUUGACCAAUCGAUUAAUCAGCUAAUCAUUUACUAACUGAUGGAUUCACUUGCACAGUGUAUUAUCCUGCUGGUAUUCCUGUUAACAGCAGUGAAAUGAAUUGUGUUUGAUACCUACAAUAAAGACAAGAGCACUUUGGGCAGCCCUGUCAGUCAAAUGACAAA